CGCGAAGCGGCGCUGGACGCCGACCUACACCGUGCACCUCGCACGAGACGACCUGGUGGGUUAUGGAUUUAGUAUUCAAGGCGCCGUACCAGUGGAGAUCCUGGGCGUAGAUCCGGACACCCCGGCCGCAGAUAACAACAUCCUCUCUGGCGACGUGAUCAUGGAGAUCAACGGACUGGACGCACGCUUCAUGUCGCACAACGCCGCCGUCUCUGCCAUCCGCUUCGGAUCGUCAACCACCGGUGACCUGAAUGCGGAUUCCGCCAACCUGACUGAGGUGAACGCAGUCGACUUGACUCUGGUGCAUCCCGAAGUAGAACCGCCCCCGCCGCCUAUGUCA